CAACGCUUGACUUUCUAUAGCGAGGUGUUUAUUUUCUACUACAGGGUGCUUUGGGCUGUCUUCAUUCAUCCACUGCUGCUCGCUGAGCGCGGCACAACUUCAGGCUUGCUAAGGACUAAGGACACCGAAAGGCUAUUAGGCUUAACAGAAUGGGGGGUAUGGCGCCAUCUCUAACGCAGAGCUGUGAUACAAGCUACGUGUGCAAGCCAUCCCUGCGACAGUUGUGACUUAGCCCUUAGGUUUUACCAGUUCCAUAGCACAUAUCGAAUUAUCUAGCUGUCCUUUGGAUAAGGCAUGAUGCUGGCAGUCCUGUUCAGCGUCCUAAUGGUUGCCUUGCUUGCAUCAACAACCGCCGCGUCCGAGGUUGCUAUUGUCCUUCGCAUCGGGGCAACCAUUGGCUAUGGUGGCCCAUGUGCGCCCUUAUACAACGAGACAGCCCUUGGUUACCAGUACUUCUUCGACAUGUUGGAUACACAGCCAGCCAUGGUGGUAGCAGACAGCACCGGCCGGAACUACACCUUGCAGCUGAAGCUGAAGCUCGUUUCCCACGACUGCACCGAUGCCGGCGCCGCCGCUGCCAUGGAGUCGUUAAUCCACGGCACGCCGCCCAACCCCACUACCGGCGACCCUGGGUCCCUGCCGGUCCACCUGCUGCUAGGUGGAAACGGGAUCAACGCCUUGCAGGACUCCAUGCAGGCCAACAAUGCUUCCAGACUGCUGCUACAUUGCUGUACAGCACGUGAUUCUGUGUUUAAGCUUGACCUGCACAAUGUCUAUGGGCUUUUCACUCCGGCCAGUCUAUACACGGGAACAGUCUUGCGGACUAUGGCGCUGCGUGGCCUAAAGCGGAUUGCAAUAGCGUACUGCACUGAGUCACCUCUUUUUGUACAGCUAUGCGAGGGGGCGCUGCAUGCUUUGCCGUCUCUUAACGAGCUGCGCCCUGGCUUCGGGGCCGCGGUUUCCUUCAAUUAUUCGGCAGCUGAGGCGGAAGUGCCGGGCUUUUGGGAGGAUGCAAGGGAGCGUGUCGCGCAGGCUGGUGCCGAUGUGCUCAUUGCCUGUGACGAAAUGGAGCGCACGUCUCGGUUGGUUCACAGGCUCCACAACAUUGGACACCGGUUGUCAGCAGUCUGGCUGGCAUCGUGGGGCAAUGUCAGCGACUUCCUGACAUACCUCGACGGUUACGGCGAAUAUGCGAUGACAACCGUACAGUGGAUGCCAAGUCUGCCGUAUGCAGACCCCAUGUUCGGCUCAGCUGCCGAGUAUGCGGCUGCGUUUUUAAAAGCCACGGGCCAUGAGGCCUCGUACUUUGGCGCUGCCGCAUCGGCAAGCGGCUACGUCCUCUUAUCGGCAUUGCAGCGUGCAAUCAGCUUGUGCGAUCUGAGCCGCGUCAGCGAUACCAAUACCUCCGAUAGCUUCAUGUGGGAUGCAGGCGCCUUGUCCUGCUAUGACGCUAGCCACCCUUCCCAUGUAAUGGCGAACACCACCGGAGACGCGGUUUUGAGCUACGUGCUUAGGACCUUGAACAUGGAGACGUUCUUCGGCCCCAUAGGCUUCAACAGCUACCGCCAGAACAUUUUCCACCCGGCUAUUGUUGCCCAGGUCAUAUCUGGGGAGCUGGCGGCGGUGCUGCCCCUGGAUGUGGCGGAACGGACACUUGUGAUGCCGAUACCCGAGCCCGAGCCUCCAAAACGCUGGGCCUCGACUCCAGCAGGAAUAGCGAUUAUCACUCUCGUGUGCGGCUUUACUAUGGUCCUUGCAGUGUGCCUUGCGCUUGCGGGCUUUGUGUAUGCUGGGCGACGGCUGCCGCACUGGAGCAUCACUGCUGCAGUGGAGAUCAAACACAGCGACAUAAAGGUGGACAUCGCCCCCGUGCUGAACAUGGACGGCACAUUCGAGCCGGGCGAGGGGGUGUACCGGGGCACGCGGGUGAAGCUCGUGGUGGCCACGGAGCUGCUGUCGGAGGUGAUCCCCAAGCUGCAGCGGAUAGCAGCCUUCUCGCAUGCGACUACCUCCCAAGAUCUGGAUCCUAAACCAGAAAGCAAUAGGGAAGGUACUAUGUCUAGGCUCCCAAUGCGCCCUCCCACUACGGCCGUCGGCAGCAUGCCGUCUGAGGAUAUUGGCUUGGCUUACGUUGCGCUAGAGGCGCCGGUGCUCCGACAGGCGCCGCGGCCUCAGCAGGAGCUGCAGCUCUCAACUGUCACUAACAGGUCGCUAGCUGACAAGCUGUCGGCCAGCUUCGCCGCACGCCAGGUUGCGUCGCCGCACGAGCUGGGAGCUUCGUUGAUGCCCUUCGAGGUCAACGCAGCGGGUAGCUUUACUUCCGGCCGCAAACGGAAGCAAAUCCUUGCUACCGUGUGGCGCGCCAUGCGGCUUCAGCACCCCCGCAUCUGCCCUAUCCUCGGCAUCGUAUGCGACUGGCCGGAUCUGUUGGAGGGGGGCGGAGUGGUGCCAGUGAUUGUUCGUCAGUGGUACGAGUUUGACAGCCUGGACCGGCUCCUGGAGAACGAGACGGUGCCCCUGCCGCUCAUGACCAAGGCCAACAUCGUGCAGGGAGUCGCAGAGGCGCUGGCGUACCUACAUGCGCAGGAGCCGCCGAUCUGGGCCGGCUCCAUUGAGCCAUCGCGCAUCAUCAUGGACAAGAACUUCAGCCCGCACCUCUUCGUGCGGUUGACUCAUUUAGACCCUGAGCUUGAACCUCCAGCCGUCCCACGCAUGAGAUCGCGGGGCCGAGGUUUAUUCAGUGCGUCUCAGCUGCCCAUUACAGCAGUGCCACCGCCGCAGGCGCCGCCAUUGCCACAACCACAGUCCCUGCUGGCAAAUCCUGUUCUGGCAGCUUCGUUGAUGCGGCAGAUGGCUAUUGACAUCCCGUCACGCAAUGCUGACAGCUUGUCGUUUAAUGUGGCUCGGGCCAGCAGCAGCGAUGCAGCAGCAAGCAGCCGUGCCCAUUCCGGGCUACAGCCGGCCCCUGGUGACGGGGGUGGAGGCACCACUACCUCCGUUGCUGCUGCUGCUGCUGCUGCCACCUCUUCUCCUGACUUUGCGAUGCAGGGCAUGCCGAGGGACGAGCAGACAGUGUUUGCGUUCGGGAUACUGCUGUGCCGCGUGUUCUCAACCUCGAUGCGGUCGACGGAAUUGUACCGGUUGAGAUCCUCUGUGCAAUUGCAGCUGUCUCCAGCAGCAACAGACGUCGAGGCCGGCCGUGUCGCCGCCACUGGCCAGUUCCCGCCACCGCUCCCCUUGGACGACGACACGGAAGCGGCACUCAGCGAAUUGAGCGAGCUUUGCGACGAGCUCGGCGAUCUUGCAAGGUCGUGCAUGCAACGGCAGGGGAGCCUAACCUUUGCAGACAUCGUACGAACCAUUGCGCAGGUUAUCAUUCCGGCGCUGACUAAGAACCUGCCCAGCAUGCACAACAGCAAACGGGGGUUCAUGGGGCAGUCAGGUAUGCUCCGUACCACGAACAUUGAGGCGAGGUCUUCGCCAAAGGAGCUCCCGGCUGCGUCGCUGGCCAGGCAGUCGCCUAUGGAGGUGUCCAGUGGGGGUGGACGGAAACAGUCAAUGGACGUGCUGGCGGGCUACAGCGCUAAACGAGAUGCCUUUUGGGGCUACGGAUUAGGGCCACGGGUCACUCCGGAUGACCUCCUCUUCGACAUGUUUCCUCCGAAGGUUGCCCGAGCGCUGCAAGCCGGCGAGGCGGUGCAGCCGGAGCGUUACGACUGCGUGUCCAUCUUCUUCUCGGACGUGGUUGGCUACACGGACCUGUGCGGGCAGCUGCAGCCCGGCGAGGUGAUGGACCUGGUGCACCGCCUUUACUCGAGCUUCGACGACCUAAUCCGCAGCCUCAGGCUGUUCAAGGUUGAGACGGUGGGCGACGCCUACUUGGCCGUUGGCAACCUGCGCUGGCCCCAGCCCGACUCCCACGCACGCCUGAUGACUCAGUUUGCCUUCGCCACCAUCCGCGCCGCCAAUUCGCUCCCCGUGCACCCGGAGCGGCCCGAGCUGGGCUGCGUGCACAUCCGCGUGGGGCUGCACUGCGGCCCCGUGGUGGGCAGUGUGGUGGGUACCCUCAACCGGCGCUACUGCCUGUUCGGGGACGCGGUCAACACCGCUGCGCGCAUGGAGCACAACAGCAAGGCGGACCGGGUGCACUGCAGCGCGGCCUUUGCGGCACUGCUGCAGGAGCAGUGGCCCGUGGGUGCCCAGGUCACGAGCCGGGGAGUCAGGCCCAUCAAGGGAAAAGGGCCCAUGGAGACCUACUGGGUGGAGGAGCUGCCGCAGGUAGUGGCGUGCGAUAGCAGUGCCUCCGUGUGAGUGUACACCAAGGGCAGCAGCGGUGUAAUCAUUACACCUUUUACCGAAAAACUAGGUUGCAGUGACGCGCAUGUUCGAAAGGUAGGAUAGCUUAGUGAUGUCCUCGGAAACCUGAGCCUCAUGCAUAUGCUGGCUUAAGCGUAUAGCGUACGGUUGUGCGCCGUGCCCGCUAUACUGUAACAAGCCUGUUUGGGGGGUUAUCACCAAGCAUGAUCCUAAGAAAGAAGAUUGGUUGUUGGGCAAUGUAGUUGUUCCAAUCGUUCGUAAUAUUGCCGUAGUAAGUAAGUACGGCGAUGUCGAAUUGCUGCCUUUCUCAUAGAGUGUUGAUCCUACUCGACGUUGCAUGCUGCCAGAAGGAACAGUGCCGGGAAUUUGGAAGGAGUUGGGAGCAUUCGUUGCAAGGGGGUAUUGAGCUUCUGUGCAUACCCGUAGGCUUCAUCCUUAACCCAUGUCAGUGGUUAUCAGGAUGAUCGCAAUGUGCCUUUAUAUUGGUUGUUUCCGGAGUGUGCUGAUGAAUACAUUGCUGGUUAUUUUCGGGCUGAAUCUUUUCUCUUCGUGAACACCUCCAUUACCUCGUAUACCCUCCUAUUCAUUGUCGUACGAAACUUUGCUAUUAUGUGGCUGGAACCAGCUGGAACUGCCUAUAACCAUGAAGUGCCCGGAUCGGCACCUAUCCAGGGAACUGGCUAAUGCAUUGGUAUUAUGUAACUACGCAACUAGGACUAGGG